AAAAAUUUGAUUGCAAAAUACUUCUACAUAUUAAUUUAUAAUAGGAAGAACUUUAGCCAGUAUGAUGCUUGGUUUAAGUUUGAAUUUAGCCAUUUCAGCAACAGUUAUAAUAAGUUGUUUUAUUUUUGUGAUUUUAAGCUUUUUCAAAUCAUUGAGAAAACGUUUUCCGAAAACAGUGAAUUGUUGGUUUUGUAACUCGAACACCAGAGUGCCUUACAACAAUCAGAAUUCUUUUACUUGUCCGUCUUGCCUCCAAUUUAAUGGAUUUACAGACGAUGGAGAUUACAAUCGCGAGAUUCCUGAACAACACUAUUCAAAACUCAAUACUUCCAGCAACUUCUACUCCCAGAGAACUGAAGGAAGGCGAACACCCUUCAAUGGACUUUGUGAUCCUUGUAAUCGCAAUCAAGAAAUGAAAAUUAUUCAACUUGCCAAUUUUAAGCCAAGAUUUGAGGCAAACUAUGACGAAGAGAUUGAAGAAUAUAGACAAAAACUUGAAGACUCUUAUCAACUUUGUCAAGAAUGUAACAGACACUUGAGAAAAACUUUGAAUCGUGUAAAAACGAAGCUCAUUGGAUCUAAAAUUUCCCAAUUAGUUUCAAAGGGCAUCAAAUCUUUGAAUUACCAAACUCAACCAGGAAAUGACCGUCAAAUUUUAAGCAAAAUCAAAAUUUUUACAAUUUUUAUAUUGAGUGUGGUCAACUUGGUGAAGGUUGCAGAAAUUGAUUUGAGUUUCCUUCGCUCAAUAGCUCAUGGGUCAUUCAAAAGUUUUUACUUUCAUCUCAUCGCACUUCGUCUUACAAUUAAGGAUCUUUUAAUGAAAAUACUAAAUGAGCUGAAUCUUCAAUAUCCAGCUGAUUUAAGUAUUGAUUACAUUGCUUUAACCGCCAUAAUCCUCAACUAUUCUAUUUUACGAAAUCAAAAACAAGCACAGAAUCAAGUAAUAUUUUCGAUGCUGUUUUGGUCCAUAAAGAUGGUCGUCAAAGAAUUCCCCAUCAAUUCAUCUUACAUAUUAGCUAUUGAUGGUUCGAUUGCUGCUGCUUUAGUGAUAACAUCUUUGGCUACAAUCAUCAAGUCAUUUGGAAGUAAAAAAUCAGAAAUUAAUCAAAGCUCAAGUUUCCAUAAAAUUCAUGCAGAUGUCAAUGAGGAAUCGGAUGUUGAAUGCGACACAUCAAAUAGUUACGACUUUGAUGUACGCAGUUUAAGAAGUUCAAUCAUUUCGCAGCCAUCAUCAAGAUUCAAUGGAACAUUACGAGAAUCUACUCUUAAAGCUCCAAUCAGAACAAGUCCAUUAAGUGAGACAAUCUUCCACAACAGUACUUUUGUAACUCAACCAAGUACCAGAAAUAAAACAAUCACAAACUUCGAUACUUUAAGCAAUCGGAGCUUUAGUAUUAGACAAGAAGUCACUGCAGCUGAACGAAAUCAAGUUCACAAAGAUAUAAAUCGACUGAACAUUUCCGGAUCAUUACUAGGAUCGUCAUCAACAAUUAAAGACUUUCAAUCAGCUAGAAAUUUGAAUCCAUUUUCGCUUGAAAACAGUCGAUGUGGUUCGCCUACUCCGACCAUUGCUAGUGUUUUCAGUGGCUGUCAUCGAACACAAGUCAUUACGCCACCUCGAUUGGAAACUUCAUUUAUGCCUGAAGCAGUCAAUACUUCUUGGGUUGGAGGUGGAUAUUGGUCAUCACCGCAAAAACAAUAUCUCGAGGUGAAUUAUUUCAAACAACAAACUAAUCCUGAUACCUCUAGAAGUUCAUCGCAAUCAUCAGGAGUAGGUACAAUUGAUUCAGAAAAGAAUUCAAGAGAAAGUUCAGUGGGAAAGGAUGAAAUUUCGUCGAUCUUUUCAGAACCUAUUCGAAAAUGUAAUCUUUUCGGAAAAUCACCUGACAAUCGCUCAAUUUUUGGGCAGUCUUUUGUUCAAGCGCCAAAAGUCAACAAUUUCUUUCUCAACAACUCAAAUGACAACAACUUCAGAAAAUAUCGCAAUAGCACUUUCUUAAAAUGAAUAACUAUUUCAUUUGAAAAUGUGUUCAAUUUGUAUCCAUUAAUUAUUAUUAUCAUGCAGAUUUAUAGUCAGUACGUUAAUCAUUUUAAUUUGAUUUCUUUUGUGAUUUGUUUUAAAAAUAAAUUGUAAACGAAAAUUCUCAUAAAUAUAA